CAGGGAAGAAGCUUCAAUUCCUUCGUAGUCUGCACACAGACUAGCUAAGGACAUUUAAUUGAAGAUAUAGAGUGAGAGCAGGUGCAGCCUUUCAUUUUGGCAGCUUUUCCCAGCUUCCAGUGUCCUAAUAAGACAUAUGUAGAGUGUGUCGGUCAGAAGGAACACCUGAGAAACCUCUUUAUCAUCCUUGUGUAUGUACUGGCAGUAUUAAGUUUAUUCAUCAAGAAUGCUUAGUUCAGUGGCUGAAACACAGUCGAAAAGAAUACUGUGAAUUAUGCAAGCACAGAUUUGCUUUCACACCAAUUUAUUCUCCAGAUAUGCCUUCACGGCUUCCAAUCCAAGACAUAUUUGCUGGACUGGUUACAAGUAUUGGCACUGCAAUACGAUAUUGGUUUCAUUAUACACUUGUGGCCUUUGCAUGGUUGGGAGUUGUUCCUCUUACAGCAUGCCGUAUCUACAAGUGCUUGUUUACUGGCUCCGUGAGCUCACUACUGACACUGCCACUGGACAUGCUGUCCACGGACAAUUUAUUGGCGGAUUGUUUGCAGGGUUGUUUUGUGGUAACAUGCACACUGUGUGCAUUCAUCAGCCUCGUGUGGUUGCGAGAGCAGAUAGUCCAUGGGGGAGCACCGAUUUGGUUGGAGCAUGCUGCUCCACCCUUCAAUGCUGCUGGGCACCACCAAAAUGAGGCUCCUGCAGGAGGAAAUGGUGCUGAAAAUGUUGCCCCUGACCAGCCUGCUAACCCACCAGCUGAGAACGCGGUGGUGGGAGAAAACCCCGAUGCUCAGGAUGAGCAGGCAGAAGAGGAGGAGGAGGACAACGAGGAGGAGGAUGACGCGGGCGGGGAGGAUGCCGCUGAUGCCAACAACGGGGCCCAGGAUGACAUGAACUGGAAUGCUUUAGAGUGGGACCGAGCUGCAGAAGAGCUUACAUGGGAAAGAAUGCUGGGACUUGAUGGAUCACUCGUUUUUCUAGAGCAUGUCUUCUGGGUGGUGUCUUUAAACACAUUGUUCAUUCUUGUUUUUGCAUUUUGCCCUUACCACAUUGGUCAUUUCUCCCUUGUUGGUUUGGGAUUUGAAGAACAUGUCCAAGCAUCUCAUUUUGAAGGUCUAAUCACAACCAUAGUUGGGUAUAUACUUUUAGCAAUAACACUGAUAAUUUGUCAUGGGUUGGCAACUCUUGUUAAAUUUCAUAGGUCUCGUCGCUUGCUGGGAGUCUGCUAUAUUGUUGUUAAGGUCUCUUUGUUAGUGGUGGUAGAGAUUGGAGUGUUCCCUCUCAUUUGUGGAUGGUGGCUGGAUAUCUGUUCCUUGGAAAUGUUUGAUGCUACUCUGAAAGAUCGAGAACUGAGUUUUCAGUCAGCUCCAGGUACUACCAUGUUUCUGCAUUGGCUAGUGGGAAUGGUGUAUGUGUUCUACUUUGCUUCCUUCAUCCUGUUGCUGAGAGAGGUACUUCGACCUGGUGUCUUAUGGUUUCUAAGAAAUUUGAAUGAUCCAGAUUUUAAUCCAGUACAGGAAAUGAUCCAUUUGCCCAUUUAUAGGCAUCUCCGAAGAUUUAUCUUGUCAGUGAUUGUCUUUGGCUCCAUUGUCCUCCUGAUGCUCUGGCUUCCUAUACGUAUAAUUAAGAGUUUGCUGCCUAAUUUUCUUCCAUACAAUGUCAUGCUCUACAGUGAUGCUCCAGUGAGUGAACUGUCCCUUGAGCUGCUUCUGCUUCAGGUGGUCUUGCCAGCAUUACUUGAGCAGGGACACACGCGGCAGUGGCUGAAGGGGCUUGUGCGAGCAUGGACCGUUACCGCUGGAUACUUGCUGGAUCUUCAUUCCUAUUUAUUGGGAGACCAGGAAGAAAACGAGAACAGUGCAAAUCAACAAGUUAACAAUAAUCAGCAUGCUCGAAAUAACAACGCUAUUCCCGUGGUGGGGGAAGGCCUGCAUGCAGCCCACCAAGCCAUACUCCAGCAGGGAGGGCCUGUUGGCUUUCAGCCUUAUCGCCGGCCUUUAAAUUUUCCACUCAGGAUAUUUUUGUUGAUUGUCUUCAUGUGUAUAACCUUACUGAUUGCCAGCCUCAUCUGCCUUACUCUACCAGCCUUUCUGUUUUCAGUAUUUGCUGGCCGUUGGUUAAUGUCAUUUUGGACGGGGACUGCCAAAAUUCAUGAACUCUACACAGCUGCUUGUGGUCUCUAUGUUUGCUGGCUAACCAUAAGGGCAGUGACGGUGCUGGUUGCAUGGAUGCCCCAGGGACGCAGAGUGAUCUUCCAGAAGGUUAAAGAGUGGUCCCUCAUGAUCAUGAAGACCUUGAUAGUGGCUGUGCUGCUGGCAGGGGUUGUCCCGCUCCUGCUGGGGCUCCUCUUUGAACUGGUUAUCGUUGCUCCCCUGAGGGUUCCCUUGGAUCAGACUCCUCUUUUUUACCCAUGGCAGGACUGGGCACUUGGAGUCCUGCAUGCCAAAAUCAUUGCAGCUAUAACACUGAUGGGUCCUCAGUGGUGGUUGAAAACAGUGAUUGAGCAGGUUUAUGCAAAUGGCAUCCGGAACAUUGACCUUCACUAUAUCAUUCGGAAGCUGGCAGCGCCAGUAAUCUCUGUGCUCUUGCUUUCCCUGUGUGUACCUUACGUCAUAGCGUCUGGCGUUGUUCCUUUACUAGGUGUUACUGCAGAAAUGCAGAACUUGGUCCACCGGCGAAUUUAUCCAUUUUUACUGAUGGUUGUGGUAUUGAUGGGGAUCUUGUCCUUCCAGGUCCGCCAGUUUAAGCGCCUUUAUGAACACAUUAAAAAUGACAAAUACCUUGUGGGCCAACGCCUCGUGAAUUAUGAACGGAAAUCUGGCAAACAAGGCACAUCUCCGCCACCUCCACAGUCGUCCCAAGAAUAAAGUGGUUGUCUCAACUACCUUGACCUUCCCCUUGCCUUUACGUGUCCUUUUUUGUGGACUUCUCUCUUUGGAGAUUUUUCCCAGUGAUCUCUCAGCAUUGUUUUUAAGUUAACUGUAUUUGACUUGUGUUCUCAGCAUUCAGAGAGCAGCAGUGCAACACGGCUCUGCUGCCCUUCCUGCAUCUUCUGACAUCAUAGCUGUCUGAGAUUUGUACAUGUGUAAAUAGAAGUUCCUGGAUACCCUAAAACCUUGGAUUAAACAGAAUGUGCAUUGUACAUCUUUAAGCAAAAUGUAUAUUAAUUUAUUAAAUCUAGUUGUCACUUUAUUUUGGACCUGCUGUGAUCUUGACAGGAAACGUGCCACAGAGCCAUAGUGCAGAGGCAAGACUUUUUAAUUACGUCUUUUGGAGCACAGUAUCAUGGUGUUCCUAGGAGUUCUUAUUAAGUAAACUGUACAUUCUGUCUUUCUUGGCUGUUCAGACCUUACCAAGAACCUAAAAGGAAGCAAGUAGAAAUCAGCAGUGGAGUGUCUGUGGUAAGAGAACAUGAACUCUGUGCUUCACUGUCAAUCGUUUUUGGAAGUUAUUUUGUAUAACACCAAAGCUGUUGUACAUUUUCUACUGCCUGAUUUUUUUUCAUUGUCUGUGUUUAUAAUAUUGUAUAGUAUCUUGUGCUAGGUGAGGAAAUUAUUUUUAAUUUUGAUAAUUUAAUAUUCCUAGUGAUCAGCAUUAGGGGUUGGGUUUUUGUGCUUGUUAGGGGCAUGUCUAUAUUUAGAGAAUAAAAGUCCACAAGUACAUUCUCAUUAGUUCCCUUCAGCCCCCCCUUUCCAUACACAGCUGUCGUUUCCUUUUUGGCAGCAGUGGCCAAAAGUCAUGCAGGAUCACAAGUCUUAUAAAAUAUCAUCACCAACAAUGCAUCAUACUGGAAUUAGAACACACUGAGAUGUUUCUUAAAUGUAGAUAUGGCUUGUGGUCUUAGACCCAGCAGCAUUAGAGAAGACUGGUUAGAACAGCUAGUCCUGCUGGUUAGCGCACCAUUGGGUGACAAUUAGGGGGGAGUACAUUUUUCCUAGUUUUCCAUGAGUGAAUCCCAAAGUUUCCAGAGCUUUUUGUUUACAGGAUAGAACUACAAAUAAAACCAGCUUGAUUUUACUUGUCGAAAAAGGAAGCUGACUUGAGCUGGCCUUUUAACAUAGGAGUGAAGAAUGUAUUUCAUUGGAAAUGUGCUGUAAAAUCUAAGAACACUUAUAAAUCUGGUUUCCCCUUAUAACCAAAGCUUCAAGUAAGAAGUUUAGAGGAAUACAACAGUUGGGCACACGAUCCAAGUAUUUAAUGGUAAUGGUAUAUUGUAAGUGUGGUGUUUGCUUUUGAAUGAUAACCUAGAGUUCCCAGAGAAAAUGGACAGCAUAGGUCUUCAGGAACUCUUAAAGAGUUUCCAUAUAGUAUUAAAAUCUGUAGGCUCUAAUCUGAAGAUUUUUUAAAAUAUUAAAGUCAGCCAAACAUAAGCUACCAAAACAAACAUUUUCUGGUUUUGUAUUUCAACAGUUUUUCCCAAAGUAGUCAUUACUUUACUUUAAAAAAAAUAUUUUUAAAACAUCAGUAUCGAAAAAAAAAGCUUGACAAUAGGGUUCAGUGUUACACUUUUUGGCACUUUGUAGCAGUCCUUUCUCUUGUAUUUGAAGUAAGGUCUUUGCUAGCCCUACCUUUACUUAGAAUUUUAGUCCUACUUUAAGAAAUUAGGAGCGUCUUAAAAUGUAAUGCCACCUGUCAUGGUCAAGGUCUGUCUAUAUAAAUUGUUCUCUUUGGGAGAAAAAAAUAUUACCAAUUGGGCAUAUAACUUGAUGAUAUUAAUUUAGGUUUCUUUUUUAAUUUUUCAGAGAAUUUGUAGAUCUUGAUAUAAAGUCAUUGGAACACAUUUAUCUGUUUUACCAGGAAGAGAUCUAGGCAGAUACCAUAAAAGAUUAAAAAUUGCUAUUCUGCAGAAUUUUAAAUGAAUCUUACCAGAUAUUUUGUAAAAAACAAACAAAAAAAACAAACCCAAACACAUACAUGAAUGUGUAUGAAUGGCCAAAAAGUUGCCCUCCAUUUCACUGGCAGAUAACUUUAUCUUGUACUUAAGGAUUUCCUCUUGGUUUUCGGUUGUGCUUUAUCCUGUUUUCGAUCAGAUGAAUACUUCCAUAAGGAAAGCAUUUGCUGGCAUAAUCUUUACAUGGGUAGCAUCAGGAUUUUAUUAUUAACCAAUAGUCUUAUAAACAUUUGAAACCUCUAGCUCAGAAAGUGCUAUAUUACUGCCCUUCUUCCUAUAGAUUUUUUUUUUUUUUGUAUAUAUCUACUAGCAUAGUUUUGCUUCAUUUUACAUUGGGCUAAAACAGUCUUCAAGGAAGUUAAUUAGGAAAGAAGACAUUUUGCUUUAUUUUUAACUGUUUAUAAGUUGAAGACAAAUCAACAUUUGGGAGUUAGUUUCAUAUGACCAGUUAUCAAAUGGUCAUAGUAUGAAGUGUGCAGUUGUUCAUUAUUGGCAAAUUAUGUUUGAUUUUUAAAACUAUUAAGUACUGAUAGUUGAGGUGAAAACUGAAGAAAAUGCCAAUGUGAAAUUCAUGUAUAGCUCGCCUUAAAAAAGUUCCAUGUUUUUAGGUGAUUUUUUUUUUCCUGUAGUUGCUGUAGAAACAGUUGAAAUUGGACAUCUCGAUUCCAGAUGUAAACAAAAAGUAAUUUUUAUUUCAACAUCUAAUAUAGCUGUUAUUUACUGUGGAUUCUUGUCUUGUGUUUUUUCUUUCCGUUAUUCAAGUAAUAGAGAAUAACUUUUUCUUAAAUGAUUUGGUCUUAGAGAUGUCAUUUCUGUAUUGGCAAAUGCUAUUAUUAAAGUAUAACUUGAAUUUAGGUUGAAUUCAUGACUUUUUAAAACAAGCACUGGGCAUUUUUCCAUUGUAUUGUGUUUACACACCACACAUGCAUACACAUGCAUGCGUGUGCACACACACGAGAAUGUAGUGCCAGUCUAAGAACACAGGCACUUUUUUUUAACAAGUUAGUUACUUAUUCUCACUUUCAGGAUUGAGUAUUUUAAGCUUCUUACUGUGAUCAGUUCUAUACAUUGUAAAAUUAAAUGAUUGUUGAAAAGAUUCCUUUAGAAUGUUACCUACUCAGUCACUGUCAAGAAAAGACAAAAGUAAAAUGUCUUACCACCAAAGUGUUAUUAAAAACCUCAGUGUGGAGAUUGACUUAACUCCCUCAGUUGGGCUGUCUGUAUCUCCUUAUUAAUUUGACCCUUGGGCAGACAUUUCCUUCUCACCCUCCUACUGCCCUGGGUUAUAUUUAAAAGCAGCCAUCAUGAGUAAGGGUUUCAGUCAGAUAAUCUCCAGCAAUAUGUUUGGCGUGAAAAUAACAUAAAGUUAAGACAGUGUGUAUCUGUCUUCAUUCCCAUCUACUUUGUAGGAGUGCCUUGUUUUGUCGUGAGAGUCAAGUAGUCCCGUAAAUGGAAGUGUCAUGACUGUGAGGCCUAGGGAUGCAUGUUGUAGCAGUAAACAGAACUAUUUGGUUAUUUGGAACAUCAAUUUUUCUAUUCAAGCAAACACCUUAGAUAACCAGGCCAAUUUUCUGCCAAAAGAUUCUACAAUGCUCCCUUUUUUAUGUGGUUGUUUGUUGCCUUCUGAGUCAAGAGAACAAAAAUGAAUAAAGUAAAUGUUAGUUGUA